AUGUGGAAAAUUUUCGCUGGCCUUUGCAUCCGCCGGCCUGCAGUGGUGUCGCUUCAGUUAUCUCCUCUGCAGCGUCAGCUACAGGAAUUUUUUACGGAGGUGGAAAUCCAACGCAGCCAUCUUUCAGCUCACGAGGUGCGCCAUCGCAAUGAUCUAGAGCACAUGGCAAAGGUGGCACGGGAACAGCAGGAGAAGCAAGAGUCUGCACGCUAUCAGACGUCCGCUGAUGGCACUGCUACUUCUCUGCUUACCGCCAAGGACAUGGAAUUGAGCUGGGAGGCUGGAGCGAAGGAGUUUUGGAAAGAACUAGGAUGUACCUCUCUGCCUGGGGAUAUGAAUGUUCCAGCAUCGAUAGAAGAAGAGAGUGGAACAGAGGCCAUUUCAAAGACCACUGCGUGGCGUAAACUGGACCGUAUCUUGGUUCUCCUUACCCGCCAACGCCUUGGAAAGUCCUUCGACUGGGGCCUCCCUGUUGUCGAAGUUACUGGGACUUCUACACUACGUUCCGCGGUAGAAGAUCUUGCAAAGGCCCUCCUCCCUCCAGAAGCGCAAUGCAUGAUCGUCGGAAAUGCUCCAGUGGCGAUGCAUAAAUACGCCUAUCGUAUCGACGAAGGGAAGGAGAAGGGACAGAAACAGGGCGUUCAGAUGUACUUUCUGAACGCCUACGUGAAUAAACUGUGGCAUGGCAAGAAUGUCCAAGCCGAAGAAGGACCGGAUGGAAAGGGAGGUGAGGCAAAUUUCGCUUGGACGUGCAUCGAGGAGAUGGGUGAAUUCGUCACCGAUAAGCGGUUUCUUCGACGUCUACGAACUUUCAUUGUAGAAUACUGA